UCAAAAGUUGUGACAACUCCUUUGACGUGUCGAAUAUUUGGGUUAACACGAUUACAUAUUUCGCUAUUUUAUGUCCUAAUUUACUGUGUAUUUCAAGAGUGGUGUAUGGUGUCAGAAGGCAAAUAGAAGAACUACGAUGGAUUUCUUGAAGAGCGGCUUAAAAACCGUUCUGGGGGCGCCGGAGCCCGGCCAAACUCCGUCGGGUGCGGAAACGGUAGAGCGUCUAGUGGACCGCGUGAACAACUCCACUUUGCUGGAAGACCGGCGGGAUGCGUGCCGCGCUCUCAAAGCUAUGUCGCGCAAGUACCGAGUGGAUGUGGGCGCGCAUGGCAUGGACACACUGAAACAGGUCUUAGAGCUAGACCGAGCAGAUAAUGAGACCAUAAACUACGCCCUCGACACCCUCAACAACGUAAUGUACCCCACACAGUUCGAGGAGGAGGAGGACAAUCCUCACGUGCCCAUGAACAUCGGCGAACAAUUCACUGAAAUGUUCAUCAAAGACCACCACAACAUACAACUAGUUCUAGACUUAUUAGAUGAGUUUGACUUCAGAGUAAGAUUGUCAGCUGUACAACUGCUAACUUCUUUACUGACUAACAGACCGAAAGACAUACAGGAGAUCAUUCUAGUAAAACCGAUGGGUGUAUCCAAAAUGAUGGAUUUAUUAGGAGACCCACGGGAAGUCAUCAGAAAUGAGACGUUGCUAUUACUUAUUAAGCUUACUAGAGGAAACGCUAAUAUACAGAAGAUAGUCGCGUUUGAAAAUGCCUUUGACAGACUUUUUGAAAUUGUGUCCUCGGAAGGUUUUUCCGAUGGAGGGAUUAUUGUAGAAGACUGUCUGUUGUUAAUGUUGAAUCUGUUAAAGAAUAACAGCAGCAAUAUUAACUUCUUUAAAGAAGGUAGCUAUAUACAGAAGAUGUUACCAAUGUUUAACACUCCGGACGAAUCGGAAGACUAUGGUUGGUCACCGCAAAAGGUUUCAAAUGUACAUUGCAUGUUGCAAAUAGUUAGAACUUUAGUGUCACCAAGCAAUGCGAUUCAGAUUAUAUCAAGCUGUCAGAAGAUUAUGAAAAACGUUGGUCUUUUGGACGCUUUAUGUAAUAUUCUUAUGGCAAGUGGGGUACCGGCGGAUAUAUUGACAGAAACGAUCAAUACAGUCGGGGAGGUGAUAAGGGGGGACGUGGUGAACCAGGAGUUCAUGGGGAGCGUGAUGGCGCCGUCCAACCCGCCGCGCCCGGCCAUCGUGGUGCUGCUCAUGUCCAUGGUCAACGAGAAACAGCCGUUUUCUUUAAGAUGUGCCGUGCUAUACUGUUUCCAAUGCUACCUGUACCACAAUGAGAUGUCGCAAGCAAGCUUGGUGCAAACGUUACUGCCUUCUUCCUCCGACGUUUCAAGCCUCACCAGUGGUCACCUGUUAUGUGGCGGUCUGUUCUCCUCCGACGUGCUCUCCAACUGGUUCGCGGCCGUGGCGCUCACACACGCGCUCAUCGAGAACCCCGGACAGAAAGAACAGCUGUUACGAGUGUUAUUGGCAACCAAUAUCGGGAGUGCUCCAGUGUCUUUGUUGCAUCAGUGCACGCUCACUUUACAGCAGACUACUAAAUUGCAGCCUAAGGUGGCGCUGCUCAUGCUGCUGGCGCAGUGGACGGCGCACUGCGCGGCGGCGGUGGGCGCGUUCCUGCGCGCGCCCGGCGGCGUGGCCUACCUCGUCACCCAGACCUGCUCCAACGAGCACGACGACAACGAGUACCUGCUGCAAGGUCUCUCAGCAUUCCUCCUAGCCAUCUGCAUACACUUCAACGACGACUCCGUCGAGAACUACUCCAAAGACUCCCUGAAACAGCUCCUCCUCAAACGGAUAGGCAUCGAAACCUUCACGGCGAAGCUGAGCGAAGUGACGAAGCACGAGCUGUAUAACAAGGCGGCCAAGCAUCCGCAGUUGAGGGUGAAAAUGGCCUCGGAGAUACUUAUAGACUAUGAGUUCUGUAGACUGUUCAAGGUGCUGGAGAGCGUAGUAACACAGAGCCUAACGGUGAAACAAGAAAACGGCACCGCUGAACCAGAGCGGGCAUCUCCUGAUGACGCAACCUUAGAUCAGUAUAAGAACCUCAUAAGGCAGCAGGAUGCAAGAUUACAGCAGCUCAUGCAGCAAGUCGAUGGGCUGAUACAACAUAAUAACCAGCUACAGAGUGCCCUAAACGACUCAAUAGCCUCAAAUUCCCACCUCAAAGACGAGAAUACACUGUUGAAAGCACAAGUAUCCGCCAACCCUGUGAGGGGCUCGGACUCGGAGUACGAAGCCAGGCUCAACCAGUUAACGUUGGAGGUGACCAGGUUAGAUGGGGAGUUGGAGAAGGCGAGAGAAGCUGAGGCGAAGGCGGUUCAGGAGUUGGAGAAGACGAAGAAGGACCAGGAUGACUUGCUCGAGCUGUUGGCCGACCAGGACACGAAGCUUGCCGAAUACAAAGCGAAGCUGGCAGCGCUCGGGCAGCCCGUGGACGACGCCCCGGACGCCCCCGCCCUCACGUAACGUUGCCCGCAUACGUAAUGUUACGAUCAUUCUUGUUACUACGGAGAGGACCCACUUGCAAAAUUACCCUGUGUUAAUCAUCCGUUUGAAAGCGCCGGUGGCCUAGCGGUAAGAGCGUGCGACUUGCAAUCCGGAGGUCGCGGGUUCCAACCCCGGCUCGUGCCAA